AUGGUCCGCCUCCUCACCUUGCUCUCCGCCCUCGCUUCGGUGUGCACCACCCUUGUCCUGGCUCAGGCGUCCAACGACGACCCCCGCGGGAAGGUCCUCUACGUCAACUACCCAUCUUGCGACUACUACAAGUGCAAAGUGACCUGGCGCCCUGGUCAGUCGGUGUACGUCAACUGGCUCAACGCACCCAAGGGUGGGCUCCGCAUCCAGCUCGCUCCGCAAGACGGCACCACGGGUCUCUCCACCUACACCAUCACGUCCAACGUCGGUAGCAUCCACGGCUAUAACACGGGCCAGUGCGAUCGCGCAGGCACCAACGAAAAGUGCGGCCGCUUCAACUGGGUCGUUCCCGCCAACGUCAAGGCGGGCGAAUACCAGGUGAUCGUCACCAGUUUGGCCCACCCCAACAAGUAUGUGGGUUACACGGAUACCGUGGUCAUCGCAAAGAAGGGCAAGAGGGAUGGGAUGAUGAGGAUGGACGACCAGAAGCAGCAGGAGUAA